AUGUUCUCUCUCAUUCGCGCUUCUGUGGAUAGUUUCGCCGUGCUCCAAGGCCCCUCUCCGGUUCCUCCUUCGUUAAAGAGCACCUGCCACGUCGUGCCACAUCCGCACGGCACUGCGUCGGAUGCUUCGGACUCCCAUCGUCGUUCAGAUGCUUGGCCCUCUCGUUGGCGAGCCCUUGACAUUGACCAAUGCGCGAGCAACCCCCGGAGCCGUUGCUUCCGCCGAUUUGGACUCUGGGGCUAUCACUCUUCUACUGGUGCAUGGGUCGUCACACACCCCAUCCUCUCUCCCUCCACCAGGGGCCUCAGCAUUCUUCGCCCUCGAAUGCUUUCACGCUCACCAAACGGCCAUCUGUGUUCUGCGUGCGAGAUCCAGAAGACUUGCUGGCGCGGUCACGUGGACCUUGUCCUAUUUAUCAUUGCAAAUGGGUGUGACCAAGGUGGGAGGUGUGACGACCGAUGGGGAGGGACAUGGACCCAGAGCAAGAUUACGAGAGGUGGAGGUGAGAACGCGCUUCUGGAGAGAGAAUAUGUGGAGGCAGGACCCAGGAAGCUGGCCAUGGAAAAGAUCAGUGCAAUGGAUGACGAGGGUAGGCCAACUUUCUCUGUCGCACCGUCCUUCCCUUCUAACAGGGGUCGACUCAAGGCCGCCGGUGCUGGCCUCUCGAGCCUCAUGAGCAACGCUCAAUUUGACGUCAGAGAACCUCUUGAACUUAACUUCGAAGCAGCCACCAAUGCCCAACUCUCCAAAACCAAACGGGCAUCCGUUUUGCGCGCGAGGAAAUUCACGUUUGACAGACCUUGCAAGGGGGCGUGA